UAUUGUAAUCUUACGAUCAAUUGGACAGCACGUGGAAAUUUUGAUUUGUUGAAAAUAUGAGAAAGAAACUUUUUUAGCUCUUAAAAUGAAAUAAGUAAAUGCUGAAUUUACGAAGUCAAAAAAAAUCCUGGCGCCAUCUUUUUCUCUGUCGACAACAUGAACAAUGUUUAGAUUUGACUUUUCAGCGGCCUUGUGAAGAAAAGAGACAAAAACCGGACAGUGAGUCAUGGACAGUAACUCAGGUGAUGGUGUUGGAGAUGGAAUGGGGGAGAGCUUCAUGGGGGGACAGUAUGUCAUGGAGGGUGGUGGAGAUGGGGAGGAAUUGGGAGCCACUGAGAAUGAUGACGACAACAGGGGAGAUAACGAGCCGUUGAGGGAACAGGAUCGAUUUUUACCUAUAGCUAAUGUUGCUAGAAUAAUGAAGAAAUCUAUACCCAAAACAGGAAAGAUUGCCAAAGAUGCAAAAGAAACAGUGCAAGAGUGUGUGUCAGAGUUCAUCAGCUUCAUCACCAGCGAAGCAAGUGAGCGCUGUCACCAGGAGAAGAGGAAAACAAUCAACGGAGAGGACAUCCUGUUUGCCAUGUCUACUCUGGGCUUCGACAGCUAUGUGGAGCCCCUAAAACAGUAUCUACAAAAAUACAGAGAGUCGUCCAAAGGAGACAAAGGUGGAUCAGGCGGUGCUGAUGGCACACUGGAGGAUUUGGCAGAAGAGUCAUUUACUCAGUCGCUGUCCACCGGCCUACUGACCAGCGAACAGGCCAAUUCACAGAACGUCAUCUACGCUCCUUAUUCUGGGGCGAUUGCACAAAAUAUAAGCUUUGGAUGAUAUCCUGCUUUGGCAUCCGGAACUUCUUGUAAAUGCAGAACAGAGAAUGGGAGAAGAAAAGGAAGCCAUUUAACAGACAGACCAUGACAUGAUGUUUGUAGUGUUUUCUACUUUAUUGACUGUGACCGUGCGUUUGACUAUACAGUACUGUUAGUCAUUGUCUGCAGGGGACGUAACUCCGCAAGGUGCUAUGUGUGUUUAAGUCGAUGGUGUGUGUUCGUUACACCUGAUGUGAAAGCUAUUGAUUUUAGUUGUAUACUUUACAAUGUACCUGUUAAACCCAUAUACAUUAUGUGUCUACAAUAUAUAGGGCUAUUUUUGUCAAAUGUUCAUACCCAUGUUUUAUAGUUUUCUCCAACACAUAUUAAUUAUAUAAUUUUUUCUUAUUUUAGAUUUUGUCUUAAAAGGGUUUUGACAAAGAAGACAUAAAUUUGUGAUGAGAAUUUUUUUCUUUAGGUCUAUUUUAUUUUCAAUCACUGACACUGACAAUUGUCAAUGGGUGGUGGGGAGGGGGGGAGCAAAAUUUAUUUACAUGCAUUAUCUUCUAUUUCUUCAAUUUUCUAUAAAUCAUUGUUGUUGAAUGUUUUGAGUAUUACAUGUACAAGAAGAGAGAGAGAUAGAGAGAGAGAGAGAGAGAGAGAGAGAGAGAGAGAGAGGGGUUCUUUAUCCUUCGCCGUUUGACAGUAGUGUGAUGUUGUUUUUAAUAUAAAUAUAUGGUUUUUUGAAUGUAUGUGUAUUGAAUUCAUCCAUACAAAAGGGCAAUUUCAUCGCUAUAUGUAGUUUUAUAAUACUUUCAGAAAAGACAAAGUUGAGAAAGUUUUCUGCUCUCAUAUGUACAUAUUAUUGUUUUGCUAUGUGAGUAGUAAAACAUAAUGUUUUUUUUUUGUAAAACAUGUGAUGUAGCAAUAAUUUCUAAAGGAAAGAUUAAAAGGUAAACGAAAAA